CCGCGGGUGGGCGAGGGCUCGGCUGGAGGGAGGCCUCCGACGCUGCACGACCUGCCGCUCUGCCCCGGCCUUCCGCCCGGGCAGUCGCCCUGGAACUGUGCGCUCUGAGACGUAUCUUGAUGGUCGCCGACUUCCCAGCAUGGACGGUGGAAAAGUUGGUUCGGGCUGAACGAACUCCCUGAGAGCCGCGGCGGGGUCCGGCCAGCCCGCUUCCGGCGUCGAGGUGUCGUUGUAGCUCGUCACCCGAGCAGAGACUGUGAACAUGCUGAGGAGAAAAGUGCCCCUCAGAUGAGCGUGGUCGGCGACCAGUCUUUCCCGAAGGCGAUGGCAGGGACCCAAACAAGCCGGGUUUGGUGGCUGGCUGCAAACUGAGGGCUGCCAGGCGGGAUGGACCCCUGUGGAGACCCGGCAGUCGGCGGCGACUGUCCCCACCGCAGGGGACAGGAGGGUCCGCUGCUGGGCACUUUCAUGGACAGCAGCCACAGUGAACAUGAAGACAGAAACAGAAUAUCUGAAGAACUUACAAUGAUUGUCCAAGAAAUGAAAAAGUAUUUUCCAGCCGAGAGACACACUAAACCCAGCACCCUAGAUGCCCUUAACUAUGCAGUACUCUGUGUGCAUAGCGUGCAAGCAAACAGCAACUUUUCCUCAAAUCUCAGUCCACACGGAGCACCUCAGACAGACGUGACUGUGCAUGGUCUUGAGGAGCUGGCCGGUCUCACUUCUGAACAUGCUUCCAAGAACACAGAUACCUUUGUGGCAGUGUUUUCCCUUCUGUCUGGACGGCUAGUGCACAUUUCUGAGCAGGCUGCUUCGAUCCUGAACUCUAAAAAAGAUUUCUUGACGUCCUUGCGCUUUGUUGACCUGCUUGCCCCUCGAGACGUGAGGGUGUUCUACGCACAUACUGUUCAGAGUCGGCUUCCUCUCUGGAGCAGCCGGACCCAAAGAGCUUCACAGUAUGGAUAUGCAUCAGUGAAAUCCUUCUUCUGCAGAAUCUGUGGAGGUGGAGACAGAGCACAGAAGAAGCAUUACUCUCCGUUCUGGAUCCUCCCCUAUUUGGUUCACGUACAUAGCUCUGCCCAGCCAGAACCAGAGCCUUGCUGUCUAGCACUGGCUGAGAAGAUUCACUCUGGUUAUGAAGCUCCUCGAAUCCCUGUAGAUAAAAGAAUUUUUACCACAACACACACCCCAGGAUGUGUAUUUCUUGAAGUAGAUGAAAGGGCUGUGCCUUUGCUGGGUUACCUACCUCAGGAUCUGAUUGGAACGUCGAUCUUAACAUAUGUGCACCCAGAAGAUCGGCCUCUGAUGGUUGCCAUACACCAAAAAGUUUUAAAGUAUGUUGGCCAUCCUCCAUUUGAACACUCGCCCAUCAGAUUCUGCACUCAGAAUGGAGAUUAUGUCAUUCUGGAUUCCAGCUGGUCCAGUUUUGUGAACCCCUGGAGCCGGAAGGUUUCCUUCAUCAUUGGUCAGCAUAAAGUUCGAACGAGCCCAUUAAAUGAGGAUGUUUUUGCUACCAGAAUAAAAAAGGCACCUAAUAACGAUAAAGACAUAGCAGAAUUGCAAGAACAGAUUCACAAACUUCUUCUGCAGCCCAUUCAUGCCAGUGCUUCCAGUGGUUACGGGAGCCUGGGCAGCAGCGGUUCACAGGAGCAGCACGUCAGCAUCCCCUCUUCCAGUGAGUCAAGUGGACACUGUGUGGAGGAAGCACAGAAGGAGCAGAUGACCUUGCAGCAGGUCUAUGCCAGUGUAAACAAAAUUAAGAAUGUGGGUCAACAGCUGUACAUUGAGUCAAUGACCAGAUCAGUCAAGCCAGUGAUGGACACGUGCGUGGAGCUGCAGGGUGGUGGUGAGCAGAAGGACUUUUCUUCCUCUCAGACACUGAGAGAUAAAAGCAUGGGUACUGGCUCUUGUGAUGACCCGAGGCAAGAACAGCACAGCUCAUCCUACCAGCAGAUGAACUGUAUCGACAGUGUCAUCAGGUACCUGACCAGCUACAGUCUCCCAGCCUUGAAAAGAAAGUGCAUAUCCUGCACAGACACGUCUUCCUCCUCAGAAGAAGCCAAGCAAAACCACAAUGCGGACUGCAGCACAGUGCUGCGAGUUUCUCAUGUAUCACCAGAGACUGAACAGAUCCUGAACAAACCUCAAAAAGAAAAGGAAAUGCCAACAACUGGACCAUCAACAGAUGCUGAAAGAGGUGCUGCGUGGUCCCUGUCCCCUGCUACACUGUGCAUGGGGUUUGGUAGAAGCCAGUGCAGCUGCAGUGGCACCACUGUCCAUGUCCCGCCCCUACACUCAGCAGAGGGUGUUGCCUUAGCGUGUAAGCCCUGGACCCUGAGAACACAACCAUCUCCCCUGACUGCGGAAGAAUUUGAGCAUGUGGGGCUCACAACAGCUGUCCUCUCCGCACACACGCAGAAGGAAGAACAGAGCUAUGUUGACGGGUUCCGGGAAAGGAUCCUGACCUCACCCUACAGCUGCUAUCUGCAGAAAAAGAGCAAAAGCAAUGCUAAGUACUCAUGUGUUCAAGUUGACCAGAGCUGCAGGUUUGGCACCUGUGGUUGUUCAGAGCCAGCUGUACCAGGGAGAGCUACAGGCUCUCCUAAGCAGACCAGAUGUGCUGGAAGUGGGAGACGGAAGCACAAACGGAAGAAGUUGCCAGUGCCUUUGGACACCAGCAGCUCCAGUGCAGACUUCUGUUCCCAUGUCAGAGGACUCCUUCCUGGUGUACAGCCCUGGAGCCCUGCUGUUGUCUCCUCUCCCCACGCCUCCAGCCUCGCUUUCCCAUCAGCCCUGGUAGCUCCCAGCCAGGCCCCCUGUCUACUUUCGUCUUUUCCCCUCCAAGAUGUUGCCUCUCUGGGAGUAGGGGGCUCUGCAGGCUGGGCAGCUGCAGCUGAAUGCCCACCUCUGUCCGCUGGCCCACAGCCUGUUUCAGCUUUCCCCUCUGUGUACUUGGACACGCUCAUGACCAUCUUCCUGCACAGCCCCCCAGUCUUCCCUCUGUGGUCAGCAUCAUUCUCCCCAUAUGCAUUCCUGGGGGCUGCAGGUUCUUCUGAAAUGACACCCUUAGUGCCAGCAGUGGCUCCACACCUGGAACCAACUUCUUCAGACCAUAGCCAUGGGAGAAUGGAGGAAAGCUGGGAGACACACAGUGAGGAGCAUCCAUUUAUUAGUUCAAGGAACAGUUCGCCUUUACAGUUAAAUUUACUUCAGGAAGAAAUGCCUGCGCCAUCUGAAUCUCCAGAUCCAGUGAGAAGAGCUGCUGGCCCAGAAGUUGAGUGUGUGCCUUUGUGUCCUCCCUUGCAGCCCUGUGUCACAGGGAACGAUGGCAGUAGGAGCAGUCAUCGUGCCGCCAGUGACCUGGCCACACCAUCGGUGCACCAGGAGUCUCUGUCUGCAGCAGCCUCAGGAAGCAGUACUAGCAGUGUACACUUCAGUAGCAGUGACUAUUCUGGAAUUUUUGAAAACGGACAGAGGUCCCAGAGUAGACAGAGAAAUGAAGCCUUGCCCGGGGUGGCUGAAGAGUCUGUCUGGAGAAUGAUUGAAGAAACGCCAGAGCAUGUUCUCAUGACAUACCAGCUGCCCGAGAGGAGAAGAGAAGAGGUGCUGAGGGGAGACCUGGCAAAGCUCAGCAGCAUGGAGCAGCAUCAGCCCCAGUUCUCUCCUGCACAGAAGGAGGAACUGGCCACGGUGCGCUCCUGGAUCCACAGCCAGACUGCCGCCCCUCAAGAAGGACACCUCCAGAGUUGUGUCGCCUGUGAAGACAGAGGUUCAAUCGGUGACACUGCAGAGGCCCAUGAACAGCAGCCAGCAGAAGACACCAGCUGAGCAACUGUGAGGAUGUCUGUUCACACUUUCUCCAGGUCACGUGGGUCACGGAGACGUCUGUGUUACUUCACUAAACUCUUAAAUGACAAAGUCAUCAGCAUUAAGAUUUUCCCCUUGCUUUGAUUUUGUUUUGUUUUGGGUAGCACUGGGGAUCAAACGCAGGGCCUCCUUGUGCAUGCUAGUCUGGGGCUCUCCACUGCUGACCUGUAUUCCAGCCCUCCCUUCUUGGUCUUUAGUGGGUGACAUUUUCCCAAUCUCUGACCUAGCGGUCUUCUGAAGGCACCAAAUUGCCUCUGAGGAGGUAUGUGUCUGAGAAGAUUUGAUUUCAGAAGUCACUCUGAGUAAGUUCCAAGCCUUAGUCCUGUUUGUUUUGCUCUCUUGCUGCAAAAGCAUUUUCCCAUUAGAAUACUUGAAUUCUGUGUGUAGGCUGUGUAGUUCACACAAUGUUCUCCAUGGCUUUAACAUGGUGCUUCCCUUCAUGGUUAUGAUAAGACAUUCCACCUUUCUCACAGAACAUUAGAGUACACUGUUCUCUAGGAAGUACGGGAGUCAUGGAUUUGGUUUUUUGACCCCAUUCUUGUCUAUGCACUUCCUGUUGAUGUCGGCCUGUCAUGGAAACUCCUUCAGUAAGGUCUGACUGCUUGAACAGGGCUUACUCUGGAGAGUUGAAAUCAAGCCUUGCAUGUUAAAAGAGCUGGUUACUCAGCCAAUGGUAUUUUUUAAAGUUUUUGUUGUUGUUGUUGUUGUUGUUGUUAUAAAAUAAAUGUGAAAAGUUUUUAAAAUCGUGUUAUUGUUAUUCUGGAGAUGUAUAUGCUUAAAUGCUCAGUCUAACAGUUAACUUUUUCUUUUUGCCGAAUUUACACAAAGAGGCCUUCAUGCCGACCAGAGGUCUGAUUGUCGUUGCCUUUCGUUUGCCCUUGAACAGGGUAAGUGUUUGGGGCCUGCAGAGUGAGAAACUACACUUAGGGGAACUUGGUGGCCCCAGCCUUCGGGACUGCAGCUCCCUCUCAGGAGUGAGCAUGACUGUUUACCUGUUCAUCCACUCACGGUCCAGUGGUCUAGACCAGAGAUGCCCAAGAUUCCUUCUCAGCUUCCAGUGGCUGUGGAAUCCGCCCCAUGCAGCUCAGAGGAAGGAGCUGGCAGGAAAGGCGGUCUGCAGUCUCCUCUCAUGCUCAGUACUUCCAGCAAUCUAACAUAUUUUUUCUUUUUUGUUGCUUUGCUUUAUUUCAGGAAAACACUAUUUUCUCUGACAGUUUUUAGCUGUUGAUAAAUGUCCUGUCAUUCUGAUCAGGAGAAGGUCAUGACGACUGCUGGCCCAGUGCUCCAACUCUGUGGCUUAGACUUCUUUUAUAAAAUAAUGGUUUUUCAGGAUGGCAGUCCUAUCAGAAGGUGUCAAAAAACAUUCUCAAGUGCUGCCUAUGACAUUCUUAGAAUUUUCUGGUAUUGCACAGUUCCACACAAAGGUUCCUGCUGUGUGAAUCAAGACUUCUCAUGGUCUUCUCCACCCCAGUAGAUGGGGGUGUCAGAGCCUGUAUUGGUCAUGCUGGCCUUCUCCAGUGAAGGGUUGUGGUAUUUGAAGCUACCGGGACCAUUCUGCAUCCAUGCACAUGUACUUCAGACCUGAUGUUCUCUGGUAGGAUGGGCCCUUUCCUGUUGAUUCUGGGUACUUGUUUCAUCUACAGCUUCUUAUUUCUUUGCCUUAGUUACCUCUUAUGGAGUAUGUAUUAUCCAGGCUUGAUUUGAAACUGGUGCUUGUAAUCCGGAAAGCCCGUAACCAAGUCUCCUCUCCGCUAGCAUUGCCAUCAGUGCACUCAGAAUCCCUGCUGCUGGGGCGGGUCCAGCAGAGCUUGCUGCCCCCCGUGGGGGCCAUACCCAGUGGAAACCGUUGUUCAAGCUUAUUGACUUUUGUAUUACUAAUAACUAUAGAGUUGGUAACAAAAGUAUGUAUUGUAGACUUCAAUGUUUACAUAACUCUUUCCCCCAAAGCUUUCUUUUCUUGGGUCAUAGAUGCAAAUUUAAGAAAAUAAGGUGUUGUGUGAAUGGAUUAAAUGAAACAUCAUUAUAAUUCACAAGGUGGUAAAUUUUAAUCAAAUUGGUAGUUUGUUUAUAAUUAUUGUGAAUUUGCUUGUACUUUAAUGAUUAUUAAUCUUUCCAUUGGUUAU